CAUCAGACCUAGGAAAGAUCUGAAGAUUAUGCAGCCCUCCUCAGUGUUUUCUUUCCUCACCCCUGCCUUUUCAUUUUCCCGAUGCCAAGCCUGCUAAUGGUUUUUUGCCGCUUGAAAAAACAGCUCAAGCUCUGCCCCCGUAUCGGAGUGGCAGCGAAGCAUGUGUGAGGAUUUGCUCCAGUGGCAAAGCCAUAUCUGAUUGGGAAAAAAAGAAAACAGCUGAGGCCCUUCGAACAAGUCAUGCUCCUGUACGCUUUUAAUCACUUGUGUCUGCCAAGAGAGAUCUUGCACAAGCAAAGCUGGCUCCAUGCAAGAGGAACAUUUUUGCGUGUAUGCAAGCUGGCUUCGGCUCGCUGAUAAUGUGCUCCCUGGAAGCAGUGGUAAUGUGCUGGUUAGACCCCUGGCUGCUGGAAUUACCUUAAUGUCAAGGACUGAAGCAGUGAGGAUGGAACCCACGAAGAUCAACAUGUCCCGCGUGCCCCUGGUCAACGGUGGCAUCGACACCGCCAUGCUCAAGGCACACAAACCCCGCGUGAUGUCCAAGAGCGGCCACAGCAAUGUGAGGAUUGACAAAGUCGAUGGCAUUUACCUGCUCUACCUGCAGGAUCUGUGGACUACAGUCAUAGACAUGAAGUGGAGGUACAAACUCACCCUGUUUGCUGCUACUUUUGUCAUGACCUGGUUCCUCUUUGGGGUGAUCUACUACGCCAUCGCUUUCCUUCACGGGGACUUGGAAAUGAACAAGUUCUCCCCAAAGCGGGAGCCGUGCGUGAAGAACGUGGACUCCCUGACUGGGGCAUUCCUCUUCUCCCUGGAGUCCCAGACAACCAUUGGCUAUGGAUUUCGUUUCAUCACAGAAGAGUGUCCCCACGCCAUCUUCUUGCUUGUGGCCCAGCUGGUCAUCACCACCCUGAUUGAGAUCUUCAUCACAGGUACCUUCCUGGCCAAGAUUGCGAGGCCGAAGAAAAGGGCAGAGACAAUUAAAUUCAGCCACUGCGCCGUCAUCACCAAACACAACGGGGAGCUUUGCCUGGUGAUCAGAGUGGCAAACAUGAGGAAGAGCCUCCUGAUACAGUGUCAGCUCUCUGGGAAGCUUCUUCAGACCUACGAAACCAAAGAAGGGGAGAGGAUUCUGCUGAACCAAGCCAGUGUCAAAUUCAAUGUUGACUCCUCUUCAGAGAGUCCAUUUCUCAUUUUGCCUUUAACCUUCUACCACAUUUUGGAUGAAAGCAGCCCUCUGAGAGACCUCACACCUCAAAACCUCAAGGAGAAGGACUUUGAGCUUGUGGUGCUCCUGAACGCCACGGUGGAGUCCACCAGUGCUGUCUGCCAGAGCAGGACUUCCUACAUCCCUGAGGAGAUCCACUGGGGCUACGAGUUCGUGCCUGUGGUUUCCCUCUCUCCAAACGGAAAGUACGUGGCGGAUUUCAGCCAGUUUGAGAAGAUCAGGAGAAGCACAGAUUCUACUUUUUACAGUGUGGACUCUGAAAAGCAAAAGCUGGAGGAGAAAUACAGGCAGGAGGACCAAAGAGAGAGGGAACUGAGAACAAUGUUGUUACAGCAAAGUAAUGUUUGAUUGGAUGGACAAAUUAUUCUGAAUAAUCCUUUUUCUGCAAACUGAAAAAACCCACACUUUCUGUGCUGUAUGUCUGCUGUGAAACCAGAAGUAAAGUCCUUUUCAGGAUUAUUUCCUUUUCAGUCCUAUUUCAGCAAAUAGCUUUGGUGUACAGUAAAUCUACCCCUUUGGCCGAGUUGUUAAUCAAGUAUCUUGUAAUUAGGCAGCAUUUCUUUGUUCCUGAUCAUGACUUAGCAAAAUUGGGUUUGUAUUAAACCUCUGCCUUAUGCCACCACUGAAAGCAGACACGCCACUUUCCGUUUGGAAAGUGAAACUGGACGCACUGUACUGAUUCCCUCAAAUAUUUAUUUGACAUGGUUUUACUGUGAACAUGCAGGGACAGCACACAGCACUGCUAGAAGGAAACGUCCUCCUUUGAAAUAUGCGUAUUUAAAAUCUAUAUUCUCGUACCAGGGAUCGCCUGCCUGGGGAUUCCUGGCACUGAAAGUAAGUUGAUUGGAGAGACAGAUGGUUGGAUGUGGGAAGAACUUCAGGGAGGGGUUAAACUCCUUCUUAAAUCUCGAAGGAGUGGGACAGAGCAGUGCUGGGUGGUGAGGAAGAGAACUCGCUCUCUGUCUCUGCUGCUCAGAGCUUGUUUUGUGAUUGUUUUAUGAUCACUCACUUUUUUUAACCUUGCAAGUGCCUGAUUUGUAUCUGAUAGCAAAAAGGGGAGAUGAGGGCAAGACACACAGGAUCACAACAGUAAUCAGCUAAGGUUCUAGCUGGCUUUGAGACACCUGUUUUUUAUCCAAUGUAAAUAGUUUGUAACAGCAGCAUAACAAUACAAUUCUACAGAUUGCUUGCUUUGCUCCGGACCGUAUUUAAUUUUGGUUAAAAAGAAAGCUGUGUAAUGUCUGUAGACAAUAUUUACUUUUUCUGGCAGCCAUAAAGGACAAGCAUUCCUUUCAUCCAUUUCAAUUUUGGUCUACUAAAACCAUUCCAUUAAUAAAGGAAUUUAAUUCGA